GCAGGGUUAGCCCCGCCCCCUGUGUUUUCCUUCCGGAAACAGACGCCCUGAUGAAGGCAGCAGUCCGGUAGCGGCUGCGGCUCCGCACGGUUCCUGGUCGGCACUCACCUCUGACUCGCAGCUCCACUUCGGUUCGGGUCGGGAACCCCGUUGACGUGGCUUUGACUCUGGCUCGGUGCGCUCAUUUCCCUUUAGCUCUUUAGCGGCUAACAUCAUGGCGGCCACGGAUCCACGCUUCUCGAGUAACGGCGGGCCGGCCAGCAGAGCAGGAUUCCCCGCGGGGGAGAGCAGCAGCGACCGCGGCGGGCCGGGCGGCAGCGGCGGAGGCGGCGGCGCAGAGAGCGAGCGCGAUCGGGCCACCUUCGAGUGCAACAUCUGCUUGGACACUGCCAGGGACGCGGUCAUCAGUAUGUGCGGCCACUUGUUCUGCUGGCCCUGCCUUCAUCAAUGGUUGGAGACGCGGCCCAGCAGGCAGCAGUGUCCCGUCUGCAAGGCGGGCAUCAGCAGGGAGAAAGUCAUCCCGCUGUACGGCAGAGGGAGCUCCAGCCAGGAGGACCCCAGGUUGAAAACGCCGCCUCGGCCUCAGGGACAGAGAACCGAGCCUGAAAGCAGAGGAGGGAUGUUCCCCGGUUUUGGAGAAACGGGCUUCCACAUGUCUUUCGGGAUCGGCGCGUUCCCCUUCGGCUUUUUCACCACAGUCUUCAACGCCAACGACCCCUUCCACAGAGCAGACCCGUAUGUAGGGGAUCACCAAGCCAACGGUAACCUUAACAACGGCAACAACAACAACUGGCAGGACUCCCUCUUCCUGUUCGUCGCCAUCAUCUUCUUCUUCUGGCUACUGAGUGUCUGAUGACGACGACAAUAUAGAAAUAAAAACAAGACUGGAGACACUAGAGCGCACGCACACACACACACACACGCACAUACGCUCACACACACUCGCUCACACACACACACACUCACACACACGCACACACACACACACACACACACACACGCACACACACACUCGCUCACACACACACACACACACACACACACACACACACACCCACACACUCACACACACACGAUUUUCAUUAUGUAACUUGAGAAAAAGCUGCUGAGAGUGAAGAAAUACAGGUUUUGUCCUCCACUCCACACUGACACACACUGACACACACAAACACACACAGACACACACUGACACACACAAACACACACUGACACACACAAACACACACUGACACACACUGCUGUGUGUUUGUAAAAACACAAAGUCUUACCAAGUAUUUUUGUCUAAUUUCUUAUGCAGCUAGCAUUAGAAAGAUGAGACACUAUAACUUACAAGCAACUUUUCAGCAAGACAUAGGAGUUUGAUUUAAGUCAAUAAUUCCUUGAUAGUGAUGAAGGAAGAGUUGUAGUAGCAGAUUAUUUAAUUUAUUACAUGGGAAAAUGUAUAUCUGAAAUAAUCUGCCAGUGGAACAAAACAUUUUACACACAUAGCAAAAGACAAAGCUUAUGAUAUGGGAAAUAUUAAAAUUAAACCAAAAAUAUUUGGUAACAUUUUGUGUGACAACUUCUGCCUAAACACUGUAAAAACACAAAAUUGCACCAACUAUUUCUGGUCCACUUUUUAAUGCUAAUAUAUUUAUACACUUGAAACAAGACACAACUACCAAGUAACUUCUUUUGCACAACACAAGAGCUUAUUUUAUGUGAAUAAUUUCUUAAUAUUUAUGAAAAAGUACAACUUCCUCUGCCAGAUUAUUUCACUUAUAAACUGAAAAAUGUUUUAAGUGGAAAUUGACAUAAAACAAGUUCUGAUUCCUUCCUAAAAAGUGACUUUAACUUAGUUUUGUCUUAUUUCAAGUGUACUGAGAUAUUUGGUGUAUAAAAUAGAUUUUAAGUACUUGGUCAUAUUUUGUGUUUUUGCAGUGAAUGCAACAAAAUAAAUCACAAUCCAGAGCAGGAGUCAGCAACCUUACUUUAUUUAAUUUUUUUACUCUGCUAUUUACCAUUUCUGGUCGAAGCAAAAGCCACAGGUUGCUGACCUCUGACCCCCAGUAAUCUAGGGCCACCUCUGUAGUUGUCAGCACAGUUUAGUGACAGUAUUAAAAGCUUUUGUCAGGACGGGUGAAUCUUCCUCCUGGUUUCUAGAAAAACUGUUUAUUUACGUUUGUCUGAAACUGCCAUUACACUGUGAGGUCACCUGUGGAUGGAGCUGUCCUUAAGGUCUGCUGUCUUUUUCCCAGAAUGCAACACAAUCUUAUGUCAGAACGGAUCCAUAGAAAUCUUAAAGGUGCCACUCACUGGACUCUUCCUCAAUAAAUGAGUCCUUUGGACUUUUCCCCCUGAAACGGAGCGAUUAUGAAACACUUAUGUCACAGUUGACUUGUUUUACCUGUGUGUGUGUACAUAAUAUAUUUGUAUAUAUGAAUAUUGUAAAUGCUGUUUCUGUGUGUUUCUGACACGUGAACGUCUCAUGAUUCUGUUUCUCAUUAAAACAAAAAAACAGAUCUUCCCUAUUGAUGUGAAGAAGUGAACUUUCCCUUUUUCCUGGACAAAUAGACAAAAAGUGUAAAAAAAUAAAUAAAAAAUAAGCCCAAUCUUUAUAGUGAUCAAUAUUUUACAGCCAAUACCAAUCUCAUGUUGUUUUUAAAGGUGCUUCUGGUUUCAUUUUUUUUUUAAAAUGGAAAUUAAAUACUUUAUUUACCCCACAGGGAACUUAAAAAAUUGUAGGAAAUGAUUUUGAACAUGACAAUAAAGAAGCAAAAUAUGAAUAAAAUCUUACCAAUUAUCUCUGGUCCAGUUUCUAGAGUAAAUAGUUUGGUAUGUUUGAAAUAAAACUAACUUUCAAGUAACAUCUCAGCAAGAAAUGAAUUUAUUUUUAGUCAAUAAUGAAUUAAUACUGAUUUUAAAGACAGUUUCAGUUCACAAGAUGUUUUAAUCCAAGUUAAAUAAUCUGCCAGUGGAGCCUGUUCACCGUGUUGAGUCCAAAUAAACUGGCCCAGCAGAGUUCCAGGACUCCUCAAACAAACGAUUUUGCUAAAAAGUCUCUUGUAAAGUUUUGUCUUAUUUCAAAUGUACUAAGAUAUUUGGACUAGAAACUAGACAAUAUGGGUAAGGUUUUGUGUUUUUGCAGUGUAAAUCUUUGUCUGACUUUAAUUCAGCUCAAAAAAAGUCAGAGUUCUGAGUUUCAGUGCACUUAAUAGUAUUAGUAUUGGACCCGCCGGUUAGGGGAACAAACUGGCCAACCUGAGGGUGAGACUCUGGUUGCAGUUUUCUAACCUGCUGGGUCUGGAGUUUGUUUAAACCAUGAAUCAAGUCUUCUACGUUCCCACCGGGGUCAGAAAAGACACUGAAGGUCAUCUGAAGGACAGGCUGUUCUUGUCUUGCGUAUUUGUCCGUCGGAGCGACUCUUUGUACUGAUGGCUAACGGAGACUGUUGUGGAAAAACCAAAUGUUCUUGGAGAUUAAAGCUGAUUGAAAUGUU